AUAGUGUGCAAACAUUUUCUUAGGGGGCGCGACGGAAUUCGGCGCAAAAAGCGUCCCAGUGUAAUCGGCCCAGUGGCCGCUCUCAGGUUUUUCUUUGCUGAGGAUAAUCACGAUUAAUUUAACCUCGACUUAAAUUCAAUUGCGUGUCUAUUUAACAUUGACAAUCGGCAAGCUUUGAUACAUGCACGUUACGGAUCGCAAAAAAGCAGUAGAUCAAAAUGAUUCUCGAAGAAUAUAAAGAGAUAGUAGGAACUUGUGCCAUGUAUAUCACAAUGUUACAAAUGCUAGCUGGAACAGUCAUAUGUAAAGAUAUAUACCAGAAAGGUACAUCCAAAAGUGUUGAUCCAAUGCCUUUUCUUGGUGCCAUAGGAGUAUGUACAUUGAUGCUUCGAUAUGCAUGGAUGUUGAGUGAUCCUGCAAUGAUAAAUGUUAAUGUAUUUGGCAUUAUAACAAAUACAGUAUAUAUGACAGUAUACUACUAUUAUGCUGCAAAUACAAGAGAUGUACUCAACUUAAUAGGCAAAGUAACAGUUCUUAUCACAGUCUUCCUUGUAUAUGCACAGAUAGAACAUCCAUCAAAUGUUGAAUUUAGAUUUGGCAUAUUGGUUACUAUACUUCUUCUUCUUUUAAUUGCAGCCCCUCUUGUACACCUCAGGGAGAUUAUAAAGACAAAAAAUACAGAAAUACUUCCAUUUCCACUUAUCCUCAUGGGUACUUUAGUUUCCUUCAGCUGGUUAUUGUAUGGUUUUAUCAUUGACAAUGCUUUUGUUGUUGUCCAGAAUGCAGUUGGCUUUACGCUUAAUAUAAUUCAACUAUCUCUUUUCGUAAUAUUUCCAUCAAAAAUGUCACACGAUAAGCUAUUAAAUGAACAAAGAAAAAAAGAUUAAAAUGGUUUUUUUAAAAUAGAUAUAAAGGAGACUGGGGCAAACUUGAUGUUAGGCUUUUUGCUCAUUUAAAUCUAUCAUAGAAAUUUACUUUUCGUACGUAUAAAUGCAUCUUUAUGUACGAGUAUUGUCAAUGGAAUUUGGUGACAUUCUGAGUUACGAUGUAAUUUAUAGUGUAAUUUGUAGCAUAUUCAAAUGGACCUGGACUAAUCAACCUGGGAUUAAGGGUGUGUUUGGAAACUCAGUAAAAAAAUUGGUAGCAGUGAAAAUUACUGAUGCUGCAUUUCAUUUCUCGCAUCAGUAAAGAUUGAUUGUUCCAAUUUUUUGAUAAGUUAAUUGAUAGUUAAAUUAUUUAAUUUAUCUUUGUUUUUUUCAGUUUAGACAAAGACAGACAAAUGAUUUAAUUAUCAGUUAACUUACCAAGGAGUUGGAACAACGUGCCCUAAAAUCAGUAAACAGCUAAUGAUUCUGAGCUGAUGUAGUAAUUAUUGCAAAUAAUUAAUUGAUCUUAAAGAAUUAAAUGAUUUCAAAGAAUUAGUGCAUCUUAAAAAGUUAAUUGAUUUAAAACCACACACACACACAAUGCUGAAGUGAUAAAUGUAGUCAUAUAUUAUAAAAAUACAAA